AUGUCUAAAAUGCCCAACAUUUCUGGAGAUGCGCCUUCCCGUGAUAUGUUUGCUUUGUCACGCGAACCGACAAAAAGUCCGCUUAAUUUCAUCCGCCGAACGAAUUCCAUAAAGCUAUCUCGCAGUAAUUCUUUGCUGAAAAAUCUCACUUCAAAGUGCGUUGAUAACAGUGGCGAUAGUUUUUAUCGUUUGGGAAUUGAAGUUAAAGAACUAGAUAGCGAACGGUUGUACCAAUUGCUAAAGGAAGGGAGUGUUACAGAAGACAUUUGGAGGAUAUUCUUUGUGCGAUACCAAGAAGACAAAGAAGCGGAAAACGUAACUCUUUCAGACACAUCUUAUGACAAAAGAUACCGUCGGGGAUCGGCGCCCACUACACCAGUUUUGUAUAAAAGGAUGGAGUCAAAGUCAAGGUUUACAAACUUUUUCACUAAACGGUCUUUCCGGUUAAACCAUCUGAAGCGAACUAAGUCCGUAACUAAAUUGGAACAAUCUAAACAUGGAUACGCCGGUCUCCGUGGAUCACGCUCACAUGAAAGUUUGUUGUCUAGUCCCGCUGAGGGAUUGACAGAUCUUUCGUGCAAUGGUUCAAUCGGCGUUGCGCCGGUACAUUCCUCAGUUCUCGGUCGGCGUCAUUGUUUUCAAGUGUGUAGCGAAUCACUUGGUGUAAGAUACUACAGUUGUGGCUCGCGCCAAGAGCGCGACCUGUGGAUAUACAGCUUGCGCAAGUCAAUUGCUCCAAAUGUCUUCAAUACAUAUCGCCUGGAUAACUCGCUUCAUAUGUGGAUAUAUGAAGCAAAGGCUCUGCCUCCGAAGAAACGAUAUUUUUGUGAGAUAAAUUUGGAUAAAUCAUUAUAUGGUCGAACGUCCGCGAAGCUUAGAACUGAUUUAUUGUUCUGGGGUGAAUUCUUUGAUUUUCUUGAUGUCCCUGAGCUAACGACAAUCACAGUAAAUGUGUAUAGAGAAGGAGAAAAGAACAAAAAGCGUGAUAAGCACGUACUAGUUGGUUCAGUCGAUAUUCCUAUACAGGACAUUACGACACGUAUGUUCUGCGAAGACUGGUAUGCUAUUGUAUCAGACAAACAAAAUAGUGUAAAUAAGAGCUUAUCCAAAGAACCGCUCCCAACGAUAAGAAUUAAGUGUCGAUUCCAAUCGAUCACAAUACUACCUACGGACGUGUAUCAGGAGUUUUUGGCUUUCCUCAAAGCGAACUACAAAACAAUUUGCGAGCUUAUUGAGCCUGUCAUUGGUGUAAAAGCUAAGGAAGACAUUGGGCAAGCGUUGGUGCUGUUAAUGCACGCCCAAGGAAUGGCUGCUCAAUUUCUCACGGACGUCGUUACGUUGGAUUUGCUACGAGUCGCUGAUCAACGAUUGACGUUUCGGGGCAACUCGCUGGCUACAAAAAGCAUGGAAGCAUUUUUGAAGCUGACCGGUGAGCAGUAUUUGCAAGAUACACUAUUGGCUCCAAUAGCAGAAAUCAUCGCAUCGGACAGGGAUUGUGAGGUAGAUCCUACGAAGACGAACGGCUCGUUAUUGAGGCAGCAACAAGCAUUGCGCAAUGCUGUGAAAACAGUAUGGGAGGCAAUAAUCAAUAGUACACAUAUUUUCCCAAUUCAAUUGCGCGACUGUUUUUCGACGUUUCGUGAACGACUGCAGGAUUUAGAUCGACAGGAUAUGGCAGAUAAUUUGAUAAGCGGUUCAAUAUUUCUUCGAUUUCUGUGUCCCGCCAUUCUGUCACCAAGUUUGUUCAACAUUACGAAUGAACUACCAUCAGCUCGCGUUGCCAGGAAUCUGACGUUAGUAGCGAAAACUCUGCAAACCCUGGCCAAUUUCACGCGUUUUCAGGGAAAAGAAAACUUUAUGGAAUUUCUGAAUGACUUUCUCGAGCAGGAAGCACCGUGCAUGAAACAAUUUUUGUACGAUAUUUCCAAUCAUGCAACAAAGCAGGACGACGUUCGAGCUCUUGACUUCUCAGGAUACAUCGAUCAAGGCAAACAGUUGUCUAUUCUACACAGUCUACUGUCGGACACGAUGGCAAAGCUUCAUAUCGAUAACCGCCACGAACUGUUUCCACUAACAGCGAUCCUGCAGUCCAUAACAAUGGCUAAGGAGUCCGAAGUGCAUAAUGUGCAUUUACGAGAGUUGCAGAGAAACAAGCAUACGGACCCAUAUCAACCAACCGAACAGGAUGCAAGACGCCAUGUCUUACGCCAUAAUAAUCGAGGCGAUAUACCAUUCUUGGAUCGUGCUGCUAACGACAGUCUGAAGCAUUCACAUUCAGCAUCCAGCAUCUCCAUAGCAAGUAAAUCUACACUGCAUUCCAGAGUUUCGGACAGAAAUGUCCACACAGGCGAAACACUAGUUAAGCCUUACCAAAAUCACUACCACUCGCCCGUUGUUAGUACCAGAGGUUAUGGCUCUAUCGAUAGUCAGUAUUUCCCUGCAUCCGGUGUUUCCUACUACCAACCUUCAAACGUUCUAACUAUGAGCAGCAUGAAAGACGAGAAAAUUAAAAAUCCGGCAGUAAGCUCUGGAAUUCGCGCUACCACUUUACCUCGUAACCCGUCCAGUGCGAAGCAAGAAACUGUUUUCACGUAUAGGAGUAACACAUCGCGGGAUAACGAAAAUGACAACAACGUAGAUACCGUCUCGACAUGUAGCUCCUCAAGAAAUCUAAUACGGAUUGGAUUGGACUCAAAUAGCCCCUUCAACCGGAAAAGUCCCACACCUCUGCUAAAAUCAACAUCGUCAUCGCUCCUGCAUCCGUUGGAAUUUAAACAUUGCAAUGUGGAAUGUCCUAUUGGCAACGAACCAGAUAAGAGCGAUAAUGUAUGCAUAUGCAGAAACGCGAUUGAUACCAUAGUCUCAUCUGCAAAACGGCAAUCAACUACGGAAAAGUCUAAUCCGUCCAAUAUGCCAAUGAGCUUGGAAGACUUGGAUGAUUUAAUAAAUUAUGCUGACGAACAACCUGAACGUACAAUGAACAAAGUAGUUAGAAACAGCAAUGUUGACAACCGAACUUUUCGCAAAACAGAAGAGCAGCUAUAUGACAAGCGCAGCGACACGUCUUUAGACACUAUGUAUUCAAAUAAGCUCACGUCGUAUGUGUACCCAAGCAACAAAAUACACAUAAAAAAUUACAGCCCGACGGAGCUUGCUCAAGAACAACAAAUUCAAUACUUUACCAAAAAGGUCCUUCCAGCGACAACUGUUGAUAGAACCAAAAGGUUUAAUCAAAACAUAGAAAACAAUGGCAUGGAGUAUGUUGAACACUUCGAAUAUCUUCCCAUGUCUUCCGGUUCUAACGUCCAUGAAAAUGGAAGCAACUAUGGAUAUGUGCCGCUGAAUAGUAGAAAGCAGUACCGCAGUCAUCGUAUUCAUCGCCAGCAUACCGAUAGCGACGAAGAUGUUCCUAGCGAAUCGAGCGGGGAUGAGAAACUUAAUAAAAUCAUGUCAAAUCAUCGGCAUGAGCUGGCUUCUUUAACGUCUGUAAAAACGUUGUCUUCAGCAACAGUAACCAUUGCAAGGGCGGAAAUUCAUGAAACCGACUAUAAGCUGGCCCGUGCAAGUGAUUUCCGAAGAAGCCGCAUGCCCCGAACGAACCCUAUGAUACAGUACAAAUUGGGGGAUUGUUUGGACAUCCAUCAUAGCUUACAAGACAAACAUGUCGUCAGUCAUUAUGAACGUCGCCAAUCGGAAGAAUCCGAUCGCACGAUAUCAGAAAGCCAGGCGGAUAUUGUAAGCGGUCCCUCUUCUUCCUCCUCAUCGCAACAUCAAACUAACUAUGAAAAAGAAAACACAAGUCUGUGCAAAAGUAGUAAAUCCGUUGAGCAAUGCCAAAUGGAGAUUCAACGAUUGCAAGCUUCUUUGGAUUCGAUGCGUCACAAAUUAGAAAUGUCUGAGGUGAAAGACGAACCCAAUACCGAUGUGGCAAACGUAUCCCAUCACCUUGACAGCAGUAUAAGGAGUAUAAUUGGAAGAUUGUUAUCAAUGGAAGAAGAACUACGUGAGGAGCAGCAGCAAAUGUCAUUGGCUUUAUCACUGAAACAAAAAGUUAUAGAAGCCCAAGGCCAACAAAUUGCUGCCUUAGAUGCUGCCAAUAAUCGGCUUCUAAUUGCACUGUCUAGCUUGCAAAAUCGCUACGUGAAACAGUCCAGCAUUGAAGAGUAAUUGAGUUACGAAGAUGACACACAUUGCACAAACUUUUUAAAUUACUCACCAGUAGUUGGCAAAAGUGUUAUGGUCCGAAAAAAAGAAUUCACUUUGCUUUAAGAUAAGGUUGCAAGAAAAACAUUCAUUUAAGCGAUCGGUGCUUUAGUUUGAAGCAUUUUAUGAAAAUAGUCAAGCGCGUCAAGAAAGGGACAAUCAAAACUUAAAUUUAGAAUUCACCCAUAAUGCCAAGAACACAUUACCAAGGAGGAUAUUUUUAUUUUAAAUAGAAAUUAUGGUUUAUUUUAUUUAAUAUAGCCUAAAGUGUUCAAGGUCUUACAUGUAUGCUGAUACCAAUGGAAGUAACACAUAAACUACCAGAGUUUUUAAUUUUAUUGUUCAGUGUAACUUCAAUCGCCUUGCGUAUUAUACCAUUUUGCGAUGAAAAUGUAUUUUGAAAUGAAUAAAUUUGAUACUAUAAU